GAUAGUGUGUCGGUGGUGACUGGUGAUUAAAGGGGUAAUCAAUGGAAGUAAGAAAAACCACCUCAACAGUCCUCUCUACAAAAAGUUCCAUUCUUUUGAGUGCUGAGAAUAAUUAGAAAAAUACCCAACACCUAAACAGAGGUUAAAGGCACAAAUACUGCAAUCAGCACUCUAAAAAACACUGCUUUUUUGUUUCUGGGCCCCUGAAAGGGACACCAUCCUCCAUAAACAAGCCACUUCUCUCUUUGUACGAGUGUCAUGUGAGAUGCUUUUACUCUUCCUUUCUUUUCACAGACCUCCAGGAAGGUCAAAAAAAGAGUGAUUUAUAGACCCUGGAAUCCUAACAUGUGAUAAGCCGAGCCGCUGUUUCUCUUGUCCUCCAUUGAUAUUUCUUUUUUGCUUUUCUUGUCUAAAUAUCACGGGCGAAGAAAGAAGAGAAGUACCCAGAACACAGAAACCCAGUUUUGGGAUCUGAUUGGUGAGUUUUGAGGUUUUAGUUUAACUGGGGAUCAUGAUGCUCCAGAAAAGAGGAGCUUUAGCUGGACUUCUGGUGCUGCUUUUACCUCUUCUCUUGCCUGUUUUGUUUAGCCCAUUGAGCCAUGCCUCCCCUUCUACCUUCUCGGAUUGGAAUGUCCCAAAACCUAGGCACUUGGCUCUGCUGAAGAGUGCUCUGCAGCGUGAGAGUACGCACGAAAAGCGUUCUGAUCUCUGGGUUCCUUUAGCCGAUCAAGGAUGGAGGCCAUGUGUUGAAUCUACAAAUGCCCCUUCGUUGCCAGCAAAAUCUGAGGGAUAUCUUCAAGUUUUUCUUGAUGGAGGGUUGAACCAGCAGAGAAUGGGGAUAUGUGAUGCAGUGGCAGUUGCUAAAAUACUGAAUGCAACACUUGUCAUCCCACAUUUUGAAAUCAAUCCUGUUUGGCAAGAUUCAAGUUCAUUCAUGGAUAUAUUCGAUGUCGAUCACUUUAUUAAUGUGUUGAAGGAUGACAUUUCUAUAGUUAAAGAACUGCCUGAUGAAUUCUCCUGGAGUACAAGGGAAUAUUAUGCCACUGCUAUUCGAGCUACCAGAAUUAAGAUGGCACCUGUUCAUGCUUCAGCUAACUGGUAUUUGGAUAACGUCUUGCCUGUGCUGCAGAGUUACGGGAUUGCUGCAAUCUCCCCAUUCUCUCACCGUCUGACUUUUGAUAACUUGCCCAUGGAGAUCCAACGGUUACGUUGUAAAGUCAAUUUUCAAGCAUUAGUUUUUGUUCCCCACAUCAUAGCACUUGGAGAUGCUCUUGUCAGUCGUCUUAGGUAUCCUUCGAGAGGAACUGAAGUCCUUAGCUCUGAUUACCUGCGGGAAACCACUGGUGUGAUUGAUAAAAACAAAGAAAGCAAGUUUGUUGUGAUACACCUUCGUUUUGAUAAGGAUAUGGCUGCCCAUUCAGCCUGUGAUUUUGGUGGGGGCAAAGCUGAAAAAUUGGCUCUGGCCAAGUACCGACAAGUAAUUUGGCAGGGAAGGGUCCUUAACUCGCAGUUCACUGAUGAAGAAUUGAGGAGUCAGGGCCGUUGCCCAUUGACACCUGAAGAGAUUGGAUUACUUCUCGCAGCUUUGGGCUUUGACAACAGUACUCAUCUAUACCUUGCUUCCCACAAGGUUUAUGGGGGGGAAGCUAGGAUAUCAACUUUACGAAAAUUGUUUCCACUAAUGGAAGACAAAAAGAGUCUUGCUUCUUCAGAUGAACGUGCACAGAUCAAAAAGAAGGCUUCUCUGUUGGCUGCAGUUGAUUACUAUGUUGGCUUGCACAGUGACAUCUUCAUCUCUGCUUCUCCAGGAAAUAUGCACAAUGCAUUGUUGGGACAUCGAACUUACAAGAACAUGAAAACCAUAAGGCCCAACAUGCCAUUGUUGGGGCAACUGUUCCUGAACAAAAGCAUUAGUUGGUCAGACUUCCAGCAGGCAGUUCUUGAAGGGCAUGAAAACAGACAAGGCCAGAUCAGACUAAGAAAGCCAAAACAAUCCAUAUAUACGUAUCCUGCCCCUGAUUGUAUGUGCCAGGCUUAAGGUGAUGUAUCUGAAGGAUGUUGAUUUACCAUCUCUAUUCUAUUGAUUUGGCAGCACAACUAUUGUACGUGGCUGGUAUUAUAAAUAAACAAGAAAUUCCAUUUCUUCUUUGAUGGAAAAGAGCAGAGAUAGCAAUUUAGCAAGAGAAGAUGGGGUGGGGAGUGAUUUAGAUGAUGAUUGUGUAUUUGUCACCACGUUUCUGGACCAGGAAAAUAUUUAUUUGUGAUUCAAUAGGUUACAGCUGUAUUUGUACCACUUUUGUUUCUGAAACCUUUGACUUUAUGUAGUCAAGGCGAGCCAGUACCUGUUUCGGGUUGUAGGACCUUAAAUUGGAUCUCAUGGUUUGGCUGAUGUUUGUUAAGAGUGAUAAAUUUGAAUGCUCUAUGGGGCAUUUAACGUGA